CCGUCGUACUUCGUGCCGUGUAAAAGAAAAAGACGCAGCGAGGUGGGGUAAAGGCGAUCGUGGUAGAAGCCGAAGAAGAGUUCUGGCGAACGAGCAGAACCGUACGAACCUUCAUCGCGACCACAGUAGCGGAUCUCUUCCACCCUGGUGCACACGUUAUCGUUACGACACGUACACGUACACACUCGUAGUACCAAUUGUCGACGAGAAUUCGAGUGAAGACACGUAUAGCACCGAACGAACGAGCAAAUUUUCAGCCGAGAAGAAGAACGAAGCGAGAGGAAAAAUGGUUUACGAGAGCGACUUCUACACAACCCGACGACCCUAUACGCGGCCCCUCGUCUCGUCCUACAGCGUCACGGACCGACCCAUUGUUUUACCAAUCUCUACUGUCCUCCAGUUGAGGGGCAUUCCUCACAUGCCAUACGUGGCACAUAAAAGGCUCGUGACUGUAAUCCACAUGCCGUACCAUACCGUGUACCACGGCGGAAGUCUGAUACCGAUAAGAGUUCAUGCGCGCGUACGUCCCAGCGUCCUCGCAGCCGAACUCAACAGGAUACGGCAUCUGACGAGGCCCUCGACCGAAUCCUACACGGAGAAGUAUCUACAAUCCAGGGAUCGCAUCUACUUCGACGAUGAGGCGAGGGAAAUACGCGCGAGGGUGGACUCCCUUCUGAGACGAGUUCACGUCUUCGUCCCACGAGCCGUGGCAAGCGACUUUCUGGAAGAAAUAGUGCCGGAACGUAUGCGUUGCGGAGACUACGUUCGCCGACUGAUUUCCGGCAAGCAAAACGCGAAGAAAGACCCGGAACCGAUUUCAUGGUACGAGGUGCCCGAACGAGGUAACUUCGGUAACCUGGCGUGCGUCAAGUAUGUCGCUGGCAGUCCACAGUCCGUGAGGAGACCCUACUUCAAGGUCGCCGAUCUACGUCCAUCGGACAUCAAGAACGACGUUAACUUUUUGAGCUACUACAAAAAGAAUCGUCAGGCGGCCGCCAACGCCUUGCCAGAACUGCCGAUGACGGAGCGAGAAUUGCGGAAGGCGCGAGCAUUGCAACCCGAUUUGGACGAGGCAGCGCUGAGAAAGGCACCUAAGGUAGAAAAAGAACAGGAAUCGAAGCCGGAAAAGAAACGCGAAUCUAAGCGAGAAAAAGCGGAACCAGCGAAGGAACCGGAGCCUGCGAAAGAACCCGAACCUGCGCCAGAACCUGCGAAAGAACCCGAACCCAAACCUGCACCAGAGCCUAUGAAGGAACCCGAGCCUCUACCAGAGCCAGUAAAAGAACCAGAGCCUGUGAAGAAAUCAAAGCCCGUAAAAAAAUCCAAACCGGCACCAGAACCCGUGAAGAAACUUGAGCCAGAGCCAGAACCUGUCAAGGAACCCGAACCAGUACCAGAACCCGUGAAAGAACCUGAACCAGUCCCAGAACCUGUAAAGGAACCCGAACCAGUCCCAGAACCCGUAAAAGAACCUGAACCGAUCCCAGAACCCGCGAAGGAACCUGAACCAGUUCAAGAACCUGCUAAGGAACCGGAGCCAGAACCAGUGCAAGAGUCACAACCGGAAGUAGCUCAAGAAGCGGCGGCUGAACCAGAGCCGAAACAGGAAGAGAAUUCCGAACCCGCUGCUGCGGCGGUGGAAGCUGUAAGUGAAACGGAAGGAGCAGAUGAUAAGAACGUGAAGCAAGACAAGGAGGAGGCGGUAAAAAGGAUAGAGCAAUAUCUCAUUAAAGCUGCCGAAGAGGCGAGGACCGACGAGGAGAGGAAGCAGGCCGCCGAAGAAGAAAGAGUAAAGCUCGAAUUAGAGGAGUUGAAGGCGUGGGAAGCACUGCAGGUGGCGCAGGAACGAGCAGAGCAUAUCGAUGAAAUACUUGAGCAGGAGAAAGCCGAAUCCGAGAGGCAAGCCGAGGAGCAGAAGGUGGAAGCCGAUCGGUUGGAAACCGAGAGAGUACUAGAAGCGGAAAGGCAGCUAGAGGAAACACGUGUAGCGGCCUUAUUGGAGGAGCAAGAAAGGAUGGUGAUCGAGGAACACCUGGAGGAAGUUCGUCAACAAGAGGAGAAAGAAGAGAGGCUAGCGGACGUUACGUUUGACGACGUGGACGAAGCGAAAGACCUCAAUUCCCGCGACGAUGUGUGCGAAGUCACGGAUCAAGACAAGGAGGAGAGACCCUACGAGUUGAUAGUGGAUGAUGAGACGAGGGUCGAGGAGGAAGUCGCGCAAGACGAAGAUUACGAGACGCACGACGCCCCCUUCGUCGAAGAACCUGAAGGAGCCGAGGGCAAACCCCAUUCAGGCGAGACAGCUAUCGAAGAAACGACGAGAAUCGAGGAAGUCACUUUUGGUGGGGAAGAGAGUUUCGAAUGGGGCGAUCAAGACGCGUAACCCUUUCAUGAAAUUACGGUUCUCUCUGUGUAAUCGUUACGCUAUAUAAUUAUCGUUGUUAAUAGCGUCGCAUCUCAUUAAAUCGCGUGUAAAAGGAAGAUGAAUACUUGCCAAUUAUGGUACGAGUCUCGUUGAAUGUCGUUUAAUUUGAAUCGCUUCGAAUCUUUCUCUCUUUAACCUCGAGUCAUCGCGCAUCUAUUUAUUUCAUCGUUAACACCCAUCUACGCACAAGAUUCGCUAUCGGUAAGUGGCAACCAGUUGAUCGAGGCUGAACAUCGAUUUCCAUCGGUUUGCCGCUGACGAUGCUUUCGAGUCUUCCGAGUACCGAGUUAGGGUACGAACUACGUAUCAUCCUUAUCCUACUUAUCUGACAUCGCAUUAAUCUUUAAGCUACCCGCGUAUCUUAUUCGAGAAAUUGUUACAAACUACGCGAGUGACGCGUCAGAAAUUUGAAAAAUAAAAAGACAGUCUCUUCGAGACGCGUAGAUUUUUAAAUGAAUUUUUAUCAGAUCGUCGCGUUUAUUCUAUUUCUUUUGAUAAAUUUAUUUAUUUCAUACCGCACCGUUUCCGACGCGAUAAAAAGAGGCUUUCCUUAGUAUUACGUAACCAUUCGAUAUUCUUCGUUGGAAAGCAAGCAAAAUAUUAAUAAUUUUAUAGCGAUCGCGUUAGAAACGGCAAGAUAAAAGGAAAAUUAGGUACACGUAUGCGCAAAGUUUGUAAGGUAGUUUUCCUAUGUUAGCAGAAAUAUAUAUCUUCGACGAAGAUAAUAAUAUAUUAAUAUAUAUUAAUUAUGUAUUACGAUGUUCCUACGUUUAAUUCACACCGCACGUUCACAAUUGUAGCACGCACUGUAUAUUCACGCAAUGCAUAUUUUCUGUAUACUUCUACGAUAAUAAAUCUUAGCAUUUAAAUAUUUAAGCA